GUUGUUAUGGGAUCGGAGGCAUCGGAAACUGCAAUGGAAACUAAAACAACGUAUAUCUGGCAAACAGGUCCAUGGGGUCGGUGUAUGGGUAGCGAGUGUGGUCCCGGAGGCAGCCAGAGCCGGGCGGUGUGGUGUGCCCAUUCUGAGGGCUGGACCACCCUGCACACCAACUGCGACCAAUCCCAACGGCCCAACAACCAACAGCGCUGCUUCCGAGUCUGUGACUGGCACAAAGAACUCUACGACUGGCAGCUAGGUGCAUGGAAUCAGUGCGUGCCCAUCUCUAUGCGAAACUCUGGAGUUCAGCGUCCGACAAUAUGCACCAGAGGAGAGGAGGGGAUUCAAACUCGUGAAGUAGGCUGCGUACAAAAAGCAGACGCCGAGCCAGCGGAAGAUGCGAUUUGUGAAUACUUCGAACCUAAACCGCGACUUGAACAAGCUUGUCUCAUCCCGUGCCCGCGGGAUUGUGUUGUAUCCGAGUUUAGCCCUUGGACGACUUGCUCCAAAACAUGUGGUAUGGGUCUUCAAAACCGGAUCCGUUCUGUCUUGGCGCCUCCUUUGUUUGGUGGCUCAGCUUGCCCAAAUCUUACUGAGUUCCAAACCUGCCAUCUUGGUGUGUGCGCCGGGGAGGAGAGUCUCUACAGCUUGCGGGUAGGGCCGUGGGGACCAUGUUCAGUCCCGUUACUGAGACAAGCCAGGCAGGCCAUCAAAAGGGAGAAGAUGAGAGAGAGAGCACAGGAGAGGUUGAGAGAGAAAGGGAAAAUUAAAGAUCCAGAGACGUCGGAGUUGAUAAAGAAGAAGAGGACCAGGAACAGACAGAACCGGCCCGGGGGGAAGUCCUGGGCCCUGCAGAUCGGGUACCAGACCAGGGAGGUCAACUGCGUACACAAGAGCGGCAUGGUGGAGGCGCUGAGCUUCUGCUCAGACGCCUCUCUCCCGGUCACCUACCAGGCCUGUGUCAUGUCCAAAGACUGUGAGGUGACAGAGUGGUCGGAGUGGUCGCCCUGCUCUAAAGAGUGCUACGACCCCAACGGACCCAAGGGAGAAAGCACCCGCACCAGGAAAGUCACCCAGUUCCCCGUGGGCCAGGGAGCAGGGUGCCCCGAACUGGAGGAGAGGGAGGACUGCACUCCCCAAGGAGACAAAGUGCCUCCAUGUAUAGUUUACAGCUGGAAGACCACAGAAUGGACAGAGUGCCGUGUGGACAUGCUGCUCAGUCAGCAGGACCGUCGCCGUGGUAACCAGACGGGCUUGUGCGGGGGCGGAGUCCAGAGCCGAGAAGUCUACUGCGUACAGACCAACUCCGAUACCCCUCCCAACCUCGGGUCGCUGCGGAGCAAAGAAGCUCUCCGGCCAGUGGACAGUGACUUGUGCCUGGGAAUACCCCCCAACACCACCCAGUUCUGCCACAUCAGCUGCCCGGUGGAGUGUGAGGUGUCUGCAUGGAGCGCCUGGGGACCCUGCACCUACGAGAACUGCCAGGACCAAGUGGCCAAGAAAGGGUUCAAACUGAGGAAGAGGAAGAUUGUGAAUGACCCUACAGGCGGGAUGGGGAACUGUCCUCACCUGGUGGAGGCCAUCCCAUGUGAGGACCCCAGCUGCUAUGACUGGCUGGUGGUGAACCUGGAAGAGUGUGUGCCUGACAACGAGAAGGCGUGCGGUCCAGGAACACAGAACCCACAAGUGCAGUGUGUCAACAGUGACGGUGAAUUUGUGCAGAGACAGCUGUGCCGCGAUGCCAUCCUGCCCAUGCCCGCCAUCUGCGAAGUGCCUUGCCCAAAAGACUGUGCCCUGAGUCCCUGGACACCGUGGACCCUCUGCUCCCACACCUGCUCUGGGAAGAACACUGAGGGCAAGCAGACCAGGGCAAGGUCCAUACUGGCCUACAAUGCUGGAGAAGGUGGUAUCCAGUGUCCAAACAUCAGCAGUCUGCAGGAGGUGCGCAGCUGUAAUGAUCAUCCCUGUACGGUGUACCACUGGCAGACAGGACCAUGGGGACAGUGUAUCGAGGACUCCUCUAUCCCAGCAGGCAACACCUCUGUGGGCAGGGCCAGGGGCGACGACAACUCCUGCUCCAUCGGCAUGCAAACACGAAAGGUCAUCUGUGUACGGGUCAAUGUGGGACAGGUGCCUCCAAAAAAGUGCCCAGAGAGCCUACGUCCCGACACGGUACGCCCCUGCCUGCUGCCCUGUAAGCGGGACUGCCUGGUGACACCCUACAGCGACUGGAGCCCGUGCCCAUCUGCGUGUCAAACAGGUGGUAAUGUAAAGAGGAAGCAGUCCCGUAAGCGUCUGGUGAUCCAGUAUCCUGCAAAUGGAGGGCAGGACUGUCCCGAGAUGUUGACCCAAGAAAGAGAGUGCGACGCCCCGUCAGUCUGCCAGGGAUACAGGUGGAAGACCCACAAGUGGCGACGAUGCCAACUGGUGCCCUGGUCAGUUCGACAGGACAGCCCUGGAGCACAGGAGACGUGUGGGCCUGGUCUGCAGGUUAGAGCGGUGUCUUGCCGUAAACAGGACGGUGGUCAGGCGGAUGUGGAGGCCUGUCUGAAGCACUCCAGCCCCAUGCCCGCCAUGACCCAGCCGUGCCAGGUGCCCUGCCAGGAGGACUGCCAGCUCAGCGCCUGGUCGAAGUUCUCCUCCUGUUCAGCCGACUGCGUGGGGGUACGCACACGCAAGAGGAUGCUCAUCGGUAAAAGUAAGAAGCGCGAGCAGUGUAAAAACCACCAGGCGUACCCUCUGAGUGAGACGCAGUACUGCCCCUGUAACAAGUACAACGCCCAGCCCGUGGGGAACUGGUCCGACUGCAUUCUGCCAGAAGGAGGCAGAGUGGAGGGCCAGCUGGGUAUGAAGGUGCAGGGGGACAUCAGAGAGUGUGGACAGGGCUACCGCUACCAGGCCAUGGGCUGCUACGACCAGGACAACCGCAUGGUGGAGACGUCCCGCUGCAACAGCCAUGGCUACAUCGAGGAGGCCUGCAUCAUCCCGUGCCCGUCGGACUGUAAACUGAGUGAGUGGUCCAACUGGUCGCGCUGCAGUAAGUCCUGUGGUAGCGGGGUCAAAGUGCGCUCCAAGUGGCUCCGUGAGAAGCCCUACAAUGGAGGAAGACCCUGCCCCAAACUGGACCAUGUCAACCAGGCCCAAGUGUACGAGGUGGUCCCCUGCCUCAGUGACUGUGGUCAGUACGUGUGGGUGUCUGAGCCUUGGAGCGUGUGGAAGGUCAGCAGCGUGGACCUGAAGGACAACUGUGGAGCGGGCGUCCAGACCAGGAAAGUCCGGUGUAUGCUGAACACCAUAGAUGGGCCCCUGGAGCAGGUGGAGGAUUACCUGUGUGACCCCGAGGAGAUGCCGCUGGGGGCCCGGAACAGCCGCCUGCCCUGCCCCGAAGACUGUGUGCUGUCUGACUGGUCCUCCUGGAGCCCCUGUCCUCUGCCUUGUAACAGUAACAGCACGAGGCAGAGAAGUGCGUACCCUUUGCGUCAGCCUGGAGAGGAUAAACAGUGCCCCCCUACCACAGAGACAGAGCCCUGCAAACUCAACGCCAACUGCUUCCACUACUCCUACAACAUCACAGACUGGAGCACCUGCCAGCUGAGUGACCGGGCCGUGUGCGGGAAUGGAAUCAAAACCAGGAUGUUGGACUGUGUGCGGAGCGACGGCAAGUCUGUGGACCUCAACUUCUGCAAAGAGUUGGGUUUGGAGAGGAAGUGGUCCAUGAAUGCUUCAUGUGUGGUGGAGUGUCCCGUGAACUGCCAGCUGUCCGAGUGGUCCCUCUGGUCCCAGUGCACACACACAUGUGGACUCGCCGGAAAGCUGUGGAGGAGACGUACUGUAGUCCAGGCACCCCAGGGUGACGGUCGGCCGUGCCCCUCUCAGAUGGAGCAAUGGAAGCCCUGUCCCGUGAAGCCCUGCUACAGUUGGAGGUACAGCGCCUGGUCCCAGUGCAAGGCCGAGGGGGCAGUUUGCGGAGAGGGCCUGCGCUUCCGUAACGUGUCGUGCUUUGUCUCGGAUGGAUCGGGACAGCAGGAACUCAGCCUGGUGGAGGACGAGCUGUGCGGGGACGUGGACUUUGCUGUUGACGGAGACGCCAAUGUCACCCUGGAGGAGACCUGUACUGUCCCCUGUCCAGGAGAGUGCUACCUGACAGAGUGGACAGUCUGGAGCCCCUGUCAGCUGAGCUGUGUGGGGGGGGAUGACCUGGGCUUUGGCUCUGUGCAGGUCCGCUCCAGGGCUGUGGUGGCCCAGGACCCAGAGAACCUGCUGCAGUGUCCGGAGCAGGAGCACGAGGCACGCCCAUGUACAGAGGGACAGUGUCUGGAGUACAAGUGGAGGACGGGGCCGUGGAGAGGAUCCUCCAGACAGGUGUGGUGUGAACGCUCCGACGGACUCAAUGUCACCGGUGGAUGCCCUUUGACCUCUCAGCCCAUGUCUGACCGCUCCUGUGACCCGCCCUGCACCAUGGCGCGCUCUGUGUGCACUGAGGCUGGAGUGUGUGGCUGUGAGGAGGGCUACACAGAGGUCAUGACCUCAGACGGCCUGUUGGACCAAUGCACGCUCAUCCCUGUGCUGGAGAUCCCCACAGCCGGAGACAACAAGGCAGACGUCAAGACCAUCCGCGCCUUCAACCCCACCCAGCCCGCAGCCAGCUCCCCGGGCCGGGCAGGGAGGACAUGGUUCUUACAGCCGUUUGGACCAGAUGGGAAGCUGAAGACGUGGGUGUAUGGAGUAGCAGCAGGAGCCUUCGUCCUCCUCGUCUUCAUCAUCUCCAUGACCUACCUAGCAUGUAAAAAGCCAAAGAAGCCCCAGAGGAGGCAGAUGAACAACCGACUCAAGCCCCUGACGUUGGCGUACGACGGGGACGCGGACAUGUGA